GUUUUUGUUUAAUUUUGGGGCAAUACAAUUAAAAAAACAAUAUAUAUAUAAAACUAUUGAUGUCUUUUUUAUUUUGGAUAUUUAGUUAAUAUGUAUGAUUUUAUGAGGCAUUUGACAUAGUGAUGUGAUAUGUCUUGCCCUUCAUGUCAAGUUGCUGGACGUCGUUUGCCUUCUUUGCCUCUUGCCUACGUCUCGAAAACAAAGAUAAACGUGGGUGUUCAGAACUUGAAAAGGUUUUCAUUAUCGAAUGGAAGGCUGAGCAUAAAGCAGAUUGAUGUAGGUGAAUUGAAUCCAAGAUGUACUUCUGCAGAUUCUCUAGAAGAAAAUGACCUACAAGGAUAUCUGUUAGAGAAUCCCUACCUUGUGGAAGAAUUUGUUAUGAAAAAUGUCAGCCAAGAACAAAUUGAAAGGUGGCUAAUCAGAAAAUGUAAAAUAACUGGAAAGGAAAAUGCUAAUUCAGAUGAAGAACAUAAUAGACCAUCAUUAUCAAAAUGGAAAUUCUGUGUUCACAAAGACAAAAGAAAACUACUGGAUAGUCUAACUGAAGAAAUUCAUAAAGAGAAAACUAAAAAUUCAAUUUUAUUGGAAUUAAGUAAAAAUAUAUGUCAAGCUGUUCAUGCUAGCCGAUUUUCCCUAUAUUUACUAGAUGAUUCUGGGAAGGUUAGAACUUCGUUUUUUUACACCUAAUUGUUUGAACAGCAUAGUAUAUUUUCAAUAUAAAGGUCAGAACUUUCUGUUACACUCAAAUAAUUAUUUCUUUUGGAAAGAAUACUUUUGUCUGUAAAAUCAAUAAACGUUUCCCUAAUAUUUGUAAACGAUUAUUUUAGUAUCUCACAGGCUACUCAGAUGGUUUG